UGUUAGCUUAUAUUUAUUGGUUUAAACUUAAGCCAAUUAAGUUAAUUAUUUAAACUUGUUUGUUUGACUUAGUUAUCUCUGUUCAAUUAUCUAUGUAAAAACAUCAAACUAUCCAACUAAUCAGCCAGGCGAAACGACAACCGAUUCACGUUUACCAUCUUCACGAUUCAAUGGAGCUUUUUAUUCAAUCAAUCAUCAUCAGAAUCAUCAUCAAAUUUUACUUUAAAUAUCAUGAUAAUGGAAAUACUGAUGGAUAAAAGAAGAAGAAGAUGAAAACAUUAACCUGAAACGAAGAGGACCCAAUGAAGUAGAAGUUACAAAUGAAUCAACAAGUUUACCAGAUAAAUUUUGAUUACUGUGUAAUAAAAGAAUAAAUUCCCUGUUUGAACCAAUGACCGAUUAACCAUAAGAUAUUAAAAUGGUGAUGCCGAUGAAAAAAAAGCAUUAGUUGCAAAAUUUACCUGAGGACAUUAAACAACUGUAAGAUGAUGAUGGUUUGGAAACAACGGAGCCAGUUCAAUGAAAGCUGUACAACAAUUUAAGCCGAGUAAAACAAAGAGGUAGCAGAUUUCAUCUGUCAAUUUGAUUAAAGAAGGCACAUUUUACAAAGCAAAAGCAGAAGAAGAAAAAAGAAAGCUGAUCAACGUUUAUUAGUCAAAAUGACCUGAUUACCGAGAGCUAGGAAUGAUUGAAAAGCAAGGGCCUCAGGUUGAGUUAAAUCAAUUGGACAUCAUCAAGUUACAACCUUUGAAACUGUAUGAAGCCCAAAAUAAUGAUGAUCAUAAUUAUCAUCAUCUCCAUCCUCAUCCUCAUCGCAAUCAUUAUCAUCAUGCAUAUCUUAUCAAAAUGGAGGCCACAAGGUCGGGCAACGUUAUACAGUAUUAUCAGAGCAAUCAACAACAAAAAACGUUCGUACAAUCAUUAUUUGGAAACAAGAAUACAGCUAUUAUAAGAUGGAAUGGGCAAGAAAACAAAAAAAAGAAAUGUUAACCAAUGUAAUCACUUUUCUCUACAAUUGGACUUCAUUGGAGGAUUUACAAGGGAAAAAUGACCCGCAAAAUAAUUAUUUGUUAUACCACUGAUAAUUGUUUAAAUUGAAACAAUAAUAUGACACAUUAUUGACAAAUAGAGAGAUGAUAAUGUAUCCCAAAUCACUAAAUAGCAUCAUAAGAUAAACACUCCUUUGUUGUUUAAUCAAAAUAUAUCACUUUAGUACACAAUCAGCGUCGAUUAAUCAUCAUGAUCAACUUGAUUUGAUUACAGACUUCUUUGUUUCACUUCUCUUUAUCGUUCCAAGUCAUUAAAAGUAUGGGUGAUCGUCAGAAAAAUUUUAAAUUUAAUGCCAGAAAUGGUGGUGUUUCCAAAAUUCAGGAUGAAAUGCGCAAAAAUCUUCAAAAUAAACGAAGACAAGAUCGUUUUACGAUAAGUGGUGAUAAAAGACCAAGCCUAGACGAAUGGGAUGCAGUGUGUUCAUUUUUUGAAAAUCAAGCGGUACUCACUCAUUCCACCGAUGAUAUCGUUAAUUAUGUUAAAAGUCAUCCAUAUCUUAAUGCAAAAUCUACAUAUCCGGACGGAUACAUACAGAAUGCUUCUGAAAAGUUAAAGGAUUAUAUAAAAAGUGCCAUUGAGUUACUUUGUCAACAAAGAGCCAUAUUCAAACACAUUCAGUACCGAUUCACUACCUGUGUGCUGACCGCUGAUAAAUUGCCUAUUUUAUUGAAAAAUGAGGAAACCAUUGAAACUGUCAUGGACACAAGUGAAGUAAAUGUUUCAGUUGCAAGUGAUGAGAACGAUAUUGAAAACAUUGCUGAUGUGUUCAUCACACAAAAUACAGUUGAUUGCGCAUUGAAAAUUUUGUCAACACUUAUAAACAAAGGCGAAUUAACCAAGAUCGACUCUUCUCUAUUAAUACUUUUGAUCGAAUUUAUUGCUUUUAUAUCAUCUCUAAGACCAUCAUGUUUUAAAUUAACAUUUCUUCAAGAAUCGUUUAAUGAUUUUCUUCAAACCAUCGCAUCGCCUAAAUCCUCGGAUCUCAAUCAUAUCACAAAUCUACUCUUCUUCUUGUAUAACAUCUUUGAAGCAAAGAGCUUACCAAUUGACUCAUCUAUAUUUGCACUGAUCCUCGCCAUAGAAGAAAAUUUUCACCAUCUUGCUUCAACCUUAAGCGAUACCCACAGCACGGAAGAGUCCACGAUAAAGUACUUUAUGGGAGUGUCAGUGAUUUUUAAAUUUGCAUUUGAAUGUAUCAAAACAGAGAAAGAACAGAUCGGAAGAGACCAAACAUUCGCUAUCUACCAAAAGUUCCAGCCACUUCUCAUUGACUCUGCUAAAGUAAUGGUCCGUGAAUAUCCUUUCAUCUCUUUAAACCUCAGUUCAAUCCUGGCCGACUACUCUGAUUUUUAUGUUGGUAUUCUUACCCAAGAGAGCGUUUACCGUUACGUCAUUAAAACUUUUAGAGAUUCUGGUCUCAUGAAAAAUUCUUACCGAAUGGCCAUAAAUUUGGCUAAUAAACUGGAGCCCAAUGAAUUCGAAAAUUUUUUGACGCAAAGUAAUUUUUUCUACAAUUUUGCUGAAUCUUUAAAACUUGGUAAACAUGAGGCUAGCCGAGCUUCAUAUAGCGUCUUGGAAAUUGUAUUUAAAAGACUACCUCUUCAGUUUGUUGCUUUAAAUUUAAUCGACAGUGGACUAUUCAACCAAAUAUGUGAACAUUACUUUUGGGGUUCGGACCAAGAUAAAUUAAAUUUUCAUCAAAUCGCACCUAUUGUUCUUAAAUGUGAACAAUCUUCACAAUAUAUUGAUACACUUCUAGACUCAGAUCUAUUGAGUGCAUUUUUUAGUGACAUAAAUAAGGCAAGUGAUGGGGAAAUUUUCAACGCUAUUUUCUGUGUAUAUAAACUUUUCGAGUGGAGCAAUAACGCUGGUAAAUUGGAACUUUUCAAGGAAAAAAUUCAACAGACUUUAGUGCUGACUUGCCUUUAUAAUCCUGAGAUCACCAAUCGAGGUAACUCUGAACUGGAAGCAGAAAGAAAAACUAUUCUCGGGUUAUUGCAUGGUAAAUUUGCCAAUUAAAUUUUACUUCAAUUUUUUAAUAAUUGUUUCAACCAACAAUCUGGUUUUAAUGGACUUUUUCCAUCACCUUAACCACUUUAUCCACCAUUUUUUUCAAUCUCUCCAAUUACUUUUUAUCGUAUUGUCCACUAUAUUGUCCACUGCCCAAAUCUAACAUAUCCAUCACACCAAAUCAUUUACCAUCAAAUUUUAAAGAGACUUUUCUCAAAAAAAUUGUCCAACCAAAUCCACCAAAUUUGUUCAACACUUUUAAAAUGGAUCAAAAUGAUGGACAUUACGAUGAAAAAAGUGAUGAGAUUGAUACGAGAUUGUAAAGGCCGGUCCCAUAAUUAAAUAUUAAACCCAAUUGAAUUUAUUUUCAAGUAAAUAAACAACAAUUUAACACCCAUUCCAUGUACAUUGUAUUUCUAUUCAAACAAAAUUCAACUGAAAUAAAUAUUGUACUCAGUUAAA